AUGUCAUCAGAAUCUCUGCUUGAUCCCUGCACGGUGCAGUCAGAUCCUGACCCCGAUAUCACUGGCUGGGGCGUAGUGGCGUCGUUCGUCGUCUCCGUCUCCGUCACUGUCCUCACCAUCAUGGUCGGCUAUCUGAAGGCAAAGCUUCCCAAGGACCGCUACAACCAGGUGGACUUGGCGUUUCUGUCCAAGAUCCCAGGCUGCCGCCGGAGAUUCAGGGCUCGUUGUGUGGAGGCGCAGGCUGCGUCUUCCGACUUUUCGGGCCCCCCCUCCCUCAAACGAUCGAUGACGACGAGGAUUCGACAGAGAAAGAUCCGAGUAUACGAGAGCUUCAUCAUGGCCGUCAGCGAUCAGCAGCUGGUGACGGGACUGGCCCUCGUUAUAUCGACGGAUGUUAUUUUUUGCACAAGCAGCCUCCGAGAAAAAUGGUCCAUCUACUCGUACCAGACUGCCGUGGCGUCCGCCUUCUUCGCCGCGCUGACACACUUGUCGUGCGUCACGGUUCUGCGCGACAAUCUAAGUCAGCACACAAAACUGCGUUGGAUCCGACUCGGCAUAAUGACGUUCGUGUUGAUCAACUUAGCUUUCCAUCUCAUCGUCGGACAGGCCGACUCGUUUCAGAGGGACAGUAGCUUCACCCUCGCGUGCGCGUGGCACCAGUUCAGACUCAUCCCUGUGCGAAAGUCCGGGCGUGUCAUUCUGACUCGCUUCCUAAAUCAGGUCAUCAUGGUGGGCAUGCUGGGCUACGGAUUCAUUCGACGCGCGACUGAACUGCACCUCAGAGCCAGAGCCACAGAACGCGCACGCUUGACGCCCAAAAUGUCGGCGACCGAACUGGGGGAGGGCAUAUCCCGGUAUAUGGAUGCUGUCGAUUUGAUCACAGACUUUGAGGGGAAGAAACCGAAGCGCAUGGCCACUAUUUCGCGGCACCUUGUGAUCCUGCACAUGGAGCUGUGGGAUUCUUUCUUGUGGCAGAUCAUCUGGCUCGCCUUUUAUUGGACGUUUGGUUUUGCCCAGGUCCUUUUUUACCUGUUAAAGAAUAAGUUCCGAAAGGACGAGGCUAGUUUCGGUCAGUUCAUGGCAGUCUUUCUUCUUGCUUUGCCGAUUCUAGCUGGCUGUGAGGCGCAAACCGGUAGGAAGACCAAUGCGAAACAUGAUCCUGAUUCGAACGAUGAAAAGUGGCAAGCUCAAAAGGUGGGUUGUGGACACCAAAGCCCGGUCCAUGCAAAGUCAGAGAGCAAUGUCCGCGUUCAGCAGGCCCCUCAGAACGAUUCACGAUGCUCAAGUCCCCUCCUCGCGCAAGAUUUGAGUCCCGGAAUAGUCUCACAACCAGUAAACUCGGGAGUCAGAGCGCAAAUCCUCAACCACAGGUGCCUUGUUUACACUGAGGAUCACAUGGCAGAGAUCGGUUUACAGCUAGACUUGUACCUCCAACUGAAGGAGACAUCCAAGACUCGCGUUAGUACGGCACUUUUGGUGCUCGGCCUACUCUACUUUGUCGUCCUUGAAAUCUGGGCCAUUGUCAUCUCCCGGGUCUAUGACCUGAUUCCAGAUACUAUACCCUUGACUGGGUGGUUCUCUUGCCUCAUCUCAAUAUCUGUGGUUCUUAUCAUGUUUAUAAUAUGGAUUUGGAUAACUGUUGCAACCUGGCGCCUGUCUCAUAAGAGAGCACUACAUGAGAACCUUGGUAUUGAAUACACUCCUCAGAUGUAUGCUGACGCCCUGGCGGAUAUGAUUCGAGACCGGGACAGGCAGAAGGGUGGGUUGGUGCCGCUCCGCAGUGUGAUUUCGCUCCAAGUUGAUGUGGAGGGCCAAUUUAGUGGCAAAAUUGUGUUGGCUCGUGAAAAGCUAGACUUGAGUCAAGAGUUGGUCCCUUUUAGGCCAGGAUGCGUGAUCGAGGGACGUCGCCAGGCAGCGAGUCUCGACGAAUACAAGGUUGGCUGGCUGCCGUUGUCAUUCUACCCCAAUGGUAGUGUGUAG